AUGGCAGCCUCCAGCCGCGGACAAGUAUUAGAUCUGUACCGGGCGAUGCUGAGAGAGAGCAAGCAUUUCAACAACUACAAUUACAGAACGUAUGCCAUCAGGAGGAUAAGAGAUGCCUUCAGAGAAAAUAAAAAUGUAAAAGAUCCUGUAGAAAUUCAGACCCUAGUGAAUAAAGCCAAAAGAGACCUGGAAAUAAUUCGUCGACAGGUCCACAUCAGCCAGCUGUACUCCACAGACAAGCUUGUCAUUGAGAACCAGGAGGAAUCCCGGACCUAG